AUGAUCGAUAUUACUCCCAGUGUCUUAGAGUACAAACCUCCUUUCACCUCACAAUCGACUGAAUAUGUCACUGUGACGAAUAAUUCGGACCAGACGGUCGCUUUCAAAGUAAAAACCACGGCUCCUAAAUUCUAUUGUGUGAGACCAAACGCCGCGAUUGUUGCUCCAGGUGAGCAGGUGCAGGUGCAGGUCAUUCUGUUAGGCCUGGCCGAAGAACCCACGUCUGAUUUUAAGUGUCGUGACAAGUUUUUGGUGAUAACGCUUCCAGCCCCUUAUGACCUGGGAACUUCUUCUGUGACGGAAGCGUGGGCGCAACUCGAAGCAGAAUUCAAGCAGCAGGCUAUCUCCAAGAAGAUUAAAGUUAAGUAUCUCAUUGGUGAAGAGGCCCAAGGUGAAGACGCGGGCAAGCCCGCAACGACCACGUCUUCUGCUGCGGCUCCGAUGCCUGCAGUGGCACCCGCAGCAGCUCCAGCGUCGAAGUCUGUCGCAGACGAAACCAAACCAGUAGCAGUUCCCGAGCCACAAGCCAAGAAGGCUUCCGUGCCAGACCAAGUGAUCACGGAAUCCGUGAACUCACCUGUUACUCAAAAGGAGCCCGUGGAACAACAGAAAUUGGCGGAGAAACAAGACGCUUCUCUCAACCCAUCUGUCAUACUUUUCGUUGCUUUGAUUGCGCUGGUUUUGGGCUGGUUGUACUACUAA